CGCGGUGCCGGACGGGACGGGACGCCGCAGUCUCGUACUGGGUUCUGGGACGGCGCACGACUCGGGCCAUCACCAUGGGACUGGAGAAGAGGACUGUGAAAAUAAUUGUUAUUGUGUUCUUUACGCUACUUGUUAUAGGUUGCAUUUUAGGCCUCGUUUUGGGAUUAGUGUUGCACCGCCGCUAUGUGGAGCUGGAGGUAUGGCCUCGCUCCGACGAGUACAAUUGGGAACAGCCGAGGAUACAGUUCCGGCCGUCGGACCCUGGCAGCUGGCAUCAUUGGUACAGGCGCAUCAACGAAUUCUUAAGAGCUUACGAGACUACAGUGCCGGACGAACCCCCAAGGGCUCCGUGCUCUACCCACAACCGCCGCGACCAGCAGAUGCGUUCGGACAACUGCGACUUGGCAAUGAGAAUGUGGGCGCCGUGCACUGCCGAUGAGUUCUACGGAUACCAUAUCGGGAAACCUUGUGUUUUCCUGAGGCUCUCUCAUAUCCACUACUGGGUGCCGGAGCCGUACAAUAUGUCCAUGCCGAUGUCGCUGCCGCCGGAGAUGCCUGAACAUCUGAAGCACGCCAUGCAUCAGUAUCCAGCUCGGCAAUACGGUGACUACGUCUGGGUAUCCUGUGGAGGGGAGUUCAAUUCGGACGAGGAGAACAUAGGCCCCAUUCAGUACAUUCCUGCUGGUCUGCCACCAGGGUUCCUCAUGUCCCGAUUGCACACUGCCGACCGCAUCCCCUACUCUUCCAGACACCUGCCAGACCAGAUUCCUGCUCCGCUUGUCGGUGUGUUCUUUGAGAAUCCAAGACGUGGUCUCCUAAUUAACGUGGAGUGUCGUAUAUGGACCCGUGACAUUUACUACGAUCGGUCAAGCAGAGUCGGACGAGUGCGGUUUGAAUUAUACAUUGAUUAAACUCUAUACAAAUUAACAUAAAAAAAGUUUUAACAUAGCGAAGGGGCAGAGUGAAAACAGCUUUUGCAAUAUCGUCUGACUCGGUUACACAACACAGUACUGAGUAACUAAUAAAAUAGAUGUGAAGAAAUUAUUUUGUAUCUGCCUUACUUUAAGUGGAGAUAUCCUUCAAGAUUAAAAUGUUGUUUUUAUAAUAAUUUCCACAAAGUAAAUAAAAUGUAAUGCCGUAUUCUUUUUCUGUAUUUAAAAUUUAAACCAUUUUUUAUAAAAAAAAAAAUGUUAAUUAUACACAAGAAAAAAUUACUAUUUUAGAAGUUAAUUUUUGUACUGAACUAUAAAGUGGCAAAAUACCCUAAAAUCGGGGUGAAUGUCACUAAAGAAGGAACUAAAAGAUUCCAUAGAUAGAAGGAAAAUACAGGUUAAGGAAUAAUCGAUUUACUUUUUUUAUAUUUAUCAAUACAUAAUUUCCUAUAAAUUAUUGAAAUAUUCUUUUUUACUUAAUUAAAAACUUCAUGAAAUAACAUAGAGUACCUUUAAUAAAUAAAAACAUAAUGUAUUUAAAUUCUAUAAAUGUGUUAAUUAUUUUGUACUUAAUAUAGUAAUUCUGAACACAUUCCAAAUUUGACACCCUAUUACAUUGAGUGUAUUGAUUGAUAACUUGAAAGUGUAAAUAUGUAUUUGAGUUAUUAUUAAUACUGCGGUAGUAAUAAUCUGGUGAACUAAGUCAAUUUAAUGUUGUAAGGAAAUAUUCACUCAUCUAAAUUAACUUAAACUAAGUACACCUUUCCUUUUAAACAUUAUUUACUUUAAACACGCCAAUUAUGUCUAGUUUUUACAGUUACCUAAUUUUAAAUAUUUAUGAAGGAAAAAUUUAUUAAAACUAAUAAUUGAUUUCAUGUAUUUUUUUACGUUUAAUAUAAGUAGUUAUAUUUAUUAUGUAAUACAAGAACGUAACUAUGUUGUGGUUAUUAGAUGUUUUUAUAAGACAAAAUAGAGAUAAUGAUAAAUAGAGAUAUUAAAGUUUUGCUGUAACUAUUCCUACCGCCUUUGAUGCUUAAGUAUUAAAUAAAAAAUAUAUGUUUUUAAUUAAGAUUACAAAAUGAGUACUUAUUUGCAAAAUGUAAUAAUAUAUCAAAUACAACUAUGUACCUUGGAACUAUCAUCAGUUUUAAACAAUAUAACUAGUUUUUGUAGUUAAUGAUUUUGCUUAAGAUUCUAGAUAAAUAAGGUGAAUAAUAAUUUAGUAAUACGAUCGUAAUGUUAUGAAUUGUAUUUUUCUUAAAAUAACUAUUUUGUCUGUUCGUAAAGUUUGUGAAUAAAUUAAAAUAUGUAUAGAAUA